AUGUGGAAAAUUGCUCAGGAAGAAGGUACGACCCAGGCCAUAGUGAAAGAGGAGGUAAUUAAAACACUAGAAAGAUUUAAAAUUGAUAAGGAGGAAGCAUUGGAUAGAUUCACUAGACUUGAGGUUGAUAAGACUCCAGGAUGCAAUGCAUCCAAAGAGCCCCAUAUGCCGCACGUCUUAAUAGAAAGUGGAGACAUGACAGCUAACGAAUAUGAGCAAUUCUUAAAAGGGAGAAAUGAUUUCAUUAAAGGAACCAGAAAGGACCCCAGCUCGGAGAAGAAGACUGAGAUCAUUAGAAAGCGUCUAAACAAAGACAUUAGGCACAACCCUGUCAUCAUGUUGAACUUGUGUCCAGAUUUAAAGACUGCUCAUCCGGAUUUAAGGAUGGCACAGGGCGAGUUCCUGUUUCUAAUAGACCGGAGUGGAAGCAUGAGUGGAGUGAAUAUCAACUGCGUCAAGGAUGCAAUGCUGGUAGUCUUGAAAAGUCUUAUGUCUUCAUGUCUGUUUAAUAUAAUUGGAUUUGGCUCCACUUUUCGGACCUUGUUUCCAGCCAGCAGGUCUUAUAAUGAAGAGACACUGGCUGUAGCCUGUGACUAUAUCAGAAAAAUCAGGGCUGACAUGGGAGGAACAAACCUACUGGCACCUCUGAAUUGGAUCUUCCGGCAGCCGAUUCAGAGAGGUCACCCACGGCUGCUGUUUCUCCUGACCGAUGGUUCUGUCAGUAACACGGGGAAAGUGAUAGAACUGAUCCGGAACCAUGCACGUUCGAGCAGAUGCUAUAGUUUUGGAAUUGGACGGAAUGCUUGCCGAAGACUAGUCUUGGGAAUUGCUUCUGCCUCCAAAGGAGCAGCAGAAUUUCUUGCUGAAGGGGAAAGGUUACAGCCAAAGUUGGUAAAGUCCCUGAAGAAAUCGAUGGCACCUGUUCUCAGUGAUGUCACAAUCGAAUGGUUCUUACCUGCAACAACUGAGGUACUCCUUUCACCAGUGGAGCCAAGUUACUUGUUCCCUGGAGAUAGACUCAUUGGAUACUGCAUUGUAUGUGACACUUCAAGGUAUCACUCUAACCUCAAAUCAGACAAACAGCAUAGGUACAGCAUGAUGUGGUCUCAGGAAUCCAACAGUUCAGUAUUCUACCAUUCUCAAGAAGAGGAGUCUGGUCGGAUAAACUCUGAGAAUUUAAGAAGCUGCAGAGAUUCUCUGGUGGAUUGUGUAAAUGAACAGCCUCAAGAUGUGAUCUCUAUUAAUGAGGACCGUGAAGAGGAAGGUGUUGAAUCAAAGAUGUCUCCCAGGAGAAGAGCGUACAGCACCAAUCACAUAGUCAGACAGAACUCCUCUAAGAGAACAUUGACUCUGAGUGACCCAGCUUCAGCAUUUAAUAAAAACCCUCUCCGAAGAGCAAGGGCUCAGCAGCUUGUGGGUUGGAACAGCCCAGAACGCAUCUCUCCUUGGCAAAGGCCAUUUCAGGUAGCAGCUUCCUGCAAAAAUGCCACAAGAUCAAGGAGGCCAUCUUUGCUGCAUCAGAACUGUCUUUCAAGUAGCCAGGAUUCGGAUGUACGAUCAAGUCCACAGCAGAUAGCAACAGGAGACUGCAAAGUGCACAGUGACGGUAGCAUCAACUCCAGGUCAUCCACAGAGAGUGCAUCAAUCGGCAAUGACACAGAAUCCGGACAUUUUCACCAUCGAUCAUCAAUGCUUGAUGUCGAAUUCCAGGAUCUGUUAUUGAGCGUUGACCCAGCCAGCAAGUCUGACUGCAGAGCAGUUGUUUCUGGGCUGAUGUGUGGCGAAGUUAUUCAGUGGGAAGUUGGAUUUGAUCUUCAAUCCUUUCUUCACCGCAAUACAAAUUGUGAUGCUGAACAGCAAGAUUUGUGGAAUGAAACAAUUCAUCACUUGGCAGCUAAGUCCAUCAUUCGAGAUUUUGAACGAAUGGCUGAAAAAGAAUGUGAAAUAGAACAUGGUUCUGGAAGAAGAUACCAACUGAAUGCAAUUCACACCAGCAAGGCAUGUAAUAUCAUUAGCAAAUACACAGCUUUUGUACCAAUGUAUCUUGACAACAACGGAUAUCUGCCAAACAUUAUCGCAUAUCCAAAUACAGGUAUUGUCAUGUUGCAGACUCAAGCCUUGACAAACCCUCCCACUCCUCAGGAGUUAGAACAAGGAGGUGUUGGUUCGAAGUUAAACAGUCAAAGGACAUCGUGUUCAGGAAGCUGGAGGCACAGGGGUUACUCAGUUGGUCUUGGCCGUUCUCAGUCUGAAUAUGGAGCUGAUGAGGUUGAUGAUGGCUUUUCCACUCUAUACAUUGUCCUCCAUAAAUGA